AUGUGGUACAACUGCUGGAAGUACAUUGAUUACAUUUAUGAGGUUUCAAUUAAUCUUCAUAUUUCAUAUCCUUUAUUGAUAUAUCAUAAACCUAUAUUAUUUCAGCAAUAUCAGGAUGCUAUUAAAGCACAUAAAGCAGGAAAACCAGUCGAUUUUGAUGAAUUACCCACACCUCCAGGGUAUGCUCCAAUUCCUACUGGUCCGGCAGGAGCCCCAGCUUCAGCUCAGCAGCCCAAACCAGCCCCUUCUCCCAGCUCCAGCAACAAUUCAUUACAGGCUCCUGCAGGCAGGGGUCAACAAGUGUCACCUCAGGCAGGUCAAAGGUCACCACAGCCUCAGAGGUCCCCACAGCCACAAAGGUCACCUCAGCCACAGGCUGCAGCUCAUAGUGAUGUAUCACCUGGGAAAAAUGCCCAUGGUAGUCAGAAAGUCUCUCAGAAGCAAAGGUUUAUGAAGCGUACAAUGUCACUGAGAGCUGAUCAGCAGACACAGUUUUUGAAGGAGAGGAUGCAGGAAUACAAAAUGGCUGCCAUUAAUGCAAAGAAGAACAAUGAUAUAGCAUUAGCCAAACAAUAUCUUAGAAUGGCAAAGGGUUUUGAACCUAUGAUUGAUGCCUCAGAGAGUGGCCUACCAGUAGAUCUUACACAGGUACCACCAUCACUGGAUUCUGAUGAAGACAAUCCAAGUUUUGUAAUGGUGUCUAAAGAGGAAUGUGAGCUGUCUGGUGACAGGGAAGAAGUGUUUGAGAAACUACAACAAGACCUUAUAGCACAAAUUAGAACAUGUACAGCAAAUAAUACACAUUUUUCAAAGUUAGGAGAUAUUAUGAGCGCUAACAA